CUGAAACAGAACGGCUUUAGUUCAUUUUGCGGUACAAAAGUGAAUUCCCUUCGGCUUUUGGAUACAUCCGGUAAUCUGUGCUAUAAGAUUGGGCUGCUCUUGCCCUUUAUAGUGUGUCGGUUUGUUUUUUCGCGCCUCCAAAAUAUAACGGACAAUGGCAGGGUCAUCAUGCAUCACCGCCUUAAAAUACAAGCUAUUCGAUUUAAUGUUACUUGUGUAUUUGUCAGAGUUGGCUUUCGGAAAAAUUCGCUACUCCAUUCGCGAGGAAAUGGAGACUGGCGCUUUUGUUGGAAAUGUCGCAGAGGAUUUAGGAUUGGACAUUCGCAGGUUGUCAGCUCGACAAUUCCGGCUGGCGUCUGCUGAUAAAAGACAGUGUCUGGAGGUGAAUAUGGAGACGGGUACUUUAUUUACGAAGGAAAGGAUAGAUCGAGAGCAACUGUGCGGACAGAUGUCAGUUUGUGUUCUUCCAUUUGAGAUUGUAGUAGAACAACCUUUGGAGAUGUACCGCGGUGAAGUGGAGGUUAUUGAUAUUAAUGAUAAUUCGCCCAGAUUCCCGGAGAGUACCAUCCUCUUACAAAUGGCGGAAUCCAUUGCAAUAGGCUCGCGAUUUCCGCUAGAGAGCGCACUCGAUCCAGACAUGGGGAUAAAUACAGUCACGACUUAUAACCUGAGCCCAAAUGCGCACUUCGGUCUACAAGUGGAGACUGCAGAAGACGGUGUUAAAAUUGUUGAGUUGUUGUUGGGGAAGCCGUUGGACCGCGAAAGCCAGUCAUCCUUUCAGCUGAUGCUGACAGCUACCGACGGAGGGAGUCCUCCCAGAUCCGGGACUGCUCGCAUUCUCAUUACAGUGCUGGACAGCAACGACAAUGCGCCGGUAUUCGAUCGCAAGAUUUACAGGGUCGACCUGAUAGAGAACUCACCCAGGGGUACCUUGGUGGCUACAGUCCGUGCCACUGAUCCAGACGAAGGUUCGAAUGCUGAGGUAACCUAUACUUUCAGUAACCGUGUUUCAAAGAAAGUACAUGAAUUGUUCAGUUUGGAUCCGCGAACAGGGGAGAUUAGAAUCAAGGGCAUAAUUGAUUAUGAAGAAGGUAACACGUAUUCGCUAGAUCUUCAAGCUGUGGACAAUGGUUCACCUGCAAUUUCAGGACAUUGCAAAGUCAUGAUUAAGGUAAUUGAUAUGAAUGACAAUGCCCCUGAAAUUUUAUUGACGUCUGUGGUUAGCAUGAUACCGGAAAGUGCUACUCUUGGGACUGUAACCGCUUUGAUCGACGUAAUAGAUCGUGAUAGUGGAAAAAACGGACAGGUGCACUGUGAAAUCCCGAAGAACGUUCCUUUUAAACUUCAUACAACUUCAAGUACCCAUUAUAAACUGAUAACCACUGCGUCACUGGAUCGCGAAGCUACUCCUGGAUAUAACCUAUCUAUUUUAGCCUGGGACUCAGGGAGGCCCCCACUAUCAUCAAAUAAAACCGUCCAGAUUUCUGUUUUUGACGAAAAUGAUAAUGCUCCAAUGUUUGCACGACGCACGUACACAGUUUAUGUGACAGAGAACAACUUGCCAGGUGCUUCUAUUUUCACAGUGACUGCGUCCGACCCCGACGUGGAUCAGAAUUCCUAUGUCUCUUAUUCUUUCAAAGAGAUCCUUCGAGAUUCGCCGGCGCCUACCUACCUUAAAAUUAAUUCGGUGAACGGGACCAUUUACGCACUGCGCUCUUUUGACUAUGAGCAAGUGAAGAGCUUCCAGGUCCAAGUUCAAGCCCGUGAUGCUGGAGUUCCUCCACUGAGCAGCAGCGCAACAGUCAAUGUGAUUAUCCUGGAUCAAAAUGACAACGCACCAGUCAUCGUUUCACCCUCAGCAAAGAGUGGAUCAGCAGCAGAGGUGAUUGUGCCUCAGUCAGCGGGCCAAAAUUACUUGGUCACCAAGAUAAUCGCAACUGAUGCCGAUUCUGGUCAGAACGCACGGCUAUUCUACCAGGUGGUGAGAGCCAUUGACCCCAGAUUGUUCAACGUGGGGCUUAACACGGGCGAAAUCAGAACAACCCGAGGCAUUCUGGAGCAAGAUGCCCCCACGCAAUCUCUGAUCAUCUUGGUGAGGGAUAAUGGACAGCCCACCCUCUCCAGCACCGCUACAAUCGUCUUGUUGCUUUUUGGCAACCUUACUGCAAUACCUUCAGAAAGCAACGACUUGGUCAGGGAUACUGAACAAUUUUCCUACUUAAAUCUUUAUUUGAUCAUCACUUUAGGAUCAACAUCUUUUUUAUUACUUGCAAUUAUCAUUGUCCUUUUGGGCAUCAAAUGCAAACAAGACAAGAACCUUUCUGAAAGCAAUCCCACAAUAUGUUGUUAUAAGCCAGAGGAUUCCAUUGAUGGAUAUAGUCAAGGACCAGUGCCAAAAGGUUCUGCAAAUUACUGUGGGCAAACUCUCCCCAUCUCUGACACUUAUCGUUAUACCGUCUGUCUAUCACCAGAAUCAUCCAAGAGUGAUUUUUUGUUCCUAAAACCUUGCAAUCCUACCUUGCCACAGGAGCAUCAUUAAUUUCUUUGGAAGUUUUGGGAGUUGAGAAUAUGUCUUGUUUGCUGUGAUGCAUGUUUUACGAUUGAAUGCAACAAUACUAUUAUUUCAGCUGAAUUACAUUUGCCAUUUUUCAUUUCAAUAAAAGACUUCGGUUUGUUACGCACAAACUGACGUGUCAGCUAAGUAAACUGCAAAGAUUUUUGCGAAGGAAACGUUAUGACAAGAAAUCAUAUCGCUAGGGCCAUAAUUAACCUUUACCAAAAAGAGAAAUGAAGUCAAAACAUUUCAUCUCUUGCCCAUCAGAACCACCAUGCUAGAAACCAGACUUGGAAAAUGAAUAAAAACAGUGGUGGAGAAACUCACAGGCCCCAGGAGCAGCUAUGGAAAAAAGAAUAGAAUUAUGUAUUUAGUUGCUUUGGCUCUCUGAAGAAGUCACAUCAGAAUCUUAAAAAAAAACUGUUUCACUCUCCACCGAUGCUGCCAAACUUUUUGAGUUUCUUUAGUGCUUUUUGUUUCAAUUUAUAUUGUAGACAUCCGUAUUACUUUACUUUUACUUGGGUAACAACAAGUGUUUAUACAACAAGAUAAUUUCGAGACGCAGCAAGAAUGGAUACUUGUCAAUCCUAGUCCUCAGAGCAGAUGGGUAAA